AUGGAUGAAGACCUGGAUUCAUUUACCUUAAGUAUUUGUCGAUUAGGAGGUGAAAAUGGAUCAGACUUCGCUUGCGCUUUUUUAAAAGUAUUUUUAAACAAAGAUUCGUCAAAAACUCCAACUUUUAAAGAGAUCACCUAUAUUAGACUUCUAAAAAAAGAUUUAUCUAACAGUUGUUCAGCCACAUUUGGGCUCUUGGAAGAAUUGUCACAGUAUGAUUUUCUUGAGGAGUUCAAAAAUUUUGCAAAUUCUGAUAAUACAGAAUUAGCAAAAUUUCCUCUAAUAUACGAAUUCACUAAAUUUCGCAUAUGGAGUAUCAUUGUGCAUCAACAAAAGCUCGAAAGACUAUUUAAUUGUUAUGACAUAAAAGUCUAUCCAAACAUGGAUACUCAAUUACAAGAGUCACGUAUCCAGCUUGCUUGCUCAGAUAGUAGGGUUCAAGAUAUUUCUCAAGAAAUAUUGUGA